AUGCAGGAUAACGACCAUAAUGAGACCAAGAUCGUUUGGAUACCUGAUGAUGUAGAGACGUUCGUUCAAGGUGAAAUACUCAAUAGUAAUGACAAUGACUCGACUGAUGAAACUUCAAAAGAAAUUAGACUAUUAAAUUCAAAUGAAAUCAAAACAAUUUCCAUUAAUGAUAUUCAACCUGUAAAUCCAAUAAGUUUUGAAAAAAGUGACAACAUGUCGGAAUUAACAUUUUUAAAUGAACCUUCAGUGCUUCAUAACUUAGAAAAUAGAUACAAAGAUGAUCUUAUAUAUACAUAUUCUGGACUGUUUUUAGUGGCAAUUAAUCCGUAUUGCAAUAUUAAAUUAUAUACACCUGAAUUUAUUAACCUUUAUCAUGGUUCAGUUAAAGAAGAAAAUAAACCACAUAUAUUUGCCAUCGCAGAAGAAGCUUAUCAAAACUUAUUGACAGAAAAAUUAAAUCAGUCUAUCUUAGUCACUGGUGAAUCAGGUGCUGGUAAGACAGAAAAUACUAAGAAAAUUUUACAAUAUUUAGCAGCUGUAACAUCAUCAGAUGAUAAAGAAACAAUAUCAAAUUCAAAUAAUAAUUUAGAAAGUUUUGAAAGAAAAAUUUUACAAAGUAAUCCAAUUUUAGAAUCCUUUGGUAAUGCACAAACUGUACGUAAUAAUAAUUCUUCAAGAUUUGGUAAAUUUAUUAAAAUUGAAUUUGAUGAACGUGGGAAAAUUAAUGGUGCUCACAUCGAAUGGUACCUUUUAGAAAAAUCAAGAGUAAUAAAUCAACAUCCAGAUGAAAGAAAUUAUCAUAUUUUUUACGAAUUUUUAAAUAGUGUGAGUGAAAUUGAAUUAAAUAGAAAAUAUCAUUUACCUUCAAAUUCUAUUUCAAGUUAUGAAUAUUUAGCUCACUCAAAUCAUUCUAUUGCAGGUGUUAAUGAUCAAGCCAAUUUUACAGAUUUAUUAACAGCAUUUCAAACUGUUGGUUUUAAAGAAGAAGAUAUUGAAAAUAUUUUAAAAGUUAUUGCUAUUAUCUUACAUAUUGGUAAUAUUAAAUUCACAUCAGAAAAAUCAGAACAAGCAAGUUUUAGUAGUGAUAUUGAAGACUUAAUAACGUUAUUAGGUAUUGAAAAAUCAGAUUUUGAGACCGCAAUUUUGAGACCUAAAUCAAAAGCUGGUAGAGAAUGGGUCUCUCAAUCAAAGAAUGCUACACAAGCAAGAUUUAUUUUAAAUUCGCUGGCAAGAUCAUUAUAUGAACAUUUAUUUUCUUAUAUUGUUGACAGAAUUAAUUUAUCAUUGGACCAUGGCUCCAUGACUGUAAAUUAUAUUGGUUUACUUGACAUUGCAGGGUUUGAAAUCUUUGAGCAUAAUUCCUUUGAACAACUUUGUAUUAAUUACACAAAUGAAAAAUUACAACAAUUUUUCAAUCAUCAUAUGUUUGUAUUAGAACAAAGUGAAUAUAUUAAAGAAAAUAUUCAAUGGAAUUAUAUAGAUUAUGGGAAAGAUUUACAAUUUACAAUUGAUUUAAUUGAACAAAAGAAAAUUCCUUCCGGGAUUCUUCCACUUUUAGAUGAAGAAUCUAUCUUACCAAAAUCUACAGAUGAUACAUUUUUUGAAAAAUUAAUUACUAAUUGGGAUCAAAAAUCAGAUAGAUUUAAACGUUCAAAAUUACCAAAUUGUUUUAUAUUAAAACAUUAUGCUGGUGAUGUCGAAUAUAAUAUCAAUAGUUGGUUAUCUAAAAAUAAAGAUCCAUUAAACGAAAAUUUAUCUACCGUCUUAUCAAAUGCUAAUAAUAGUUUCAUAUCAAAUUUCUUCGCCAAGAAUGAAAAUGACUCAGAUAUUCCAGGGUCUCCUGUUAAAUCUCCAAAGGCUAGGGCUCCCGGUACUUCGUUUAGAACUACAUCUGCUCGUCAUAGAGAACAACAAAUAUCAUUAUUACAACAAUUAGGUACUACCCAUCCACAUUUUGUACGUUGUAUUAUCCCAAAUAACAAGAAAAUGGCAAAGAAUUUUGAUAGAAAAUUGAUUUUGGAUCAACUUCGUUGUAAUGGUGUCCUUGAAGGUAUUAGAAUUGCUCGUGAAGGUUAUCCAAAUAGAAUAUUUUUCAAAGAAUUCUUUAAUAGGUAUAAUCUUUUAUCAUCUGAUCAAGAUGACUUUCACAAGAAGGAUCCCAAGAAGAAUUGUGAAAUAUUGUUAUCAUCCUUACAUUUAGAUCCUAGUCUCUUUAAAGUGGGUAAUACUAAAUUAUUCUUUAAAGCUGGUGUACUAGCAAAACUCGAAAAUAAAAAGGAAGAGAAAAUGAAGAGAAUAUCUGUAUUAUUUAAUGCACAAGUGAGAGGUAGAUUAGUUAGACGUUCAACUAGAAAUAAACUGCAGAAAAUUACUUCCGCUAGAGUCAUUGGUAACACUUUUGAAACUUACAACAAUUUAAUGCAAGAUCCAUGGUUUAAUCUUUUUGUUACUAUCAAACCAUUAUUGUCUUCUACACAAGAUAUUACUAAGACUAAGAAAUUCAGUACUCAAAUUAAAGAAUUGGAGACAAAAGUUGGAGAGACUGAGAAAAUCAAUAAUGAAUUAUUAUCAUCUAAGGUUGAAGUUGAAACUCAAUUAAAAGAUGUCAGAGAUUUAUUGGCUGAAGAAAAGAACAAAUUAGAUACUAAAGAAAAGGAAUUAGAAGAGAUACUCAAUGCCAAGACUAGUUUGGAGACUCAAUUAAGUGAGGUCAAUAAGUUGAAUGAUCAUAUAAAUAUUGAAAAGAAGAAUGCUCUUGAAAAAUAUGAGAGUUCGAAAACAGAAAUUGAAAAAAUGGAUAAUUUAAUUAAAGAAAGAGAAAUUAAAAUUGAAACUUUGACUUCUAAUGCAGAUGAAUUAUCUAAAAAAUUUGAGUCAUUCAAGAUGGAUAUUACAUCAAAGGAAGAACAAUUUUCCGUGACAAAACAAGAAAAGGAUGAUUUAUUGGCAAAGAUUCAAGAACUAGAGCAACUGAAACUAAAUAAUGAAAAGGAAAUUAGUAAUCUUAAGAACAAAAUUGCAAAUUCAGAGGAAGAUUUAGACAUAAAAUUGGGUGCCCUUGAGAAGAGUUGUGAAACAGCUAAGAAUAGACUAGAAACCUUGGUAAAUGAAAAUGUUGAUUUAAGAUCUCAAAUCGGUACUGCCAAGAAAGAACAAGUCACAUAUUCCAAACAAAUCAAAAAUAAAGAGAAUGAAUUAAACAGAUUCAAAGAUAGAUUAGUUUCGUUUCAAAAUGAGGUCGCUUUCGUCUCCAAACAAAGAGAUGAUGCACUAACCGAACAUGAAAAAGUGUUAUCCGAGUUAAAGGACGCCAGAAGUAAAUUAUCUGAAUUAAAAAUAUCAUACCAAACCCUUGAGAAUAAUUAUACCUCACUCAAAGAGAAACAUCAUCAUACCAAUAAUUCUAAUAAUUCAAUCAAAUCGUCUAGUGUAAGAGUACAGGACUUGGAAAAUAAAUUAUCCGAAGAGAGAUCUUUAAAUCAAUACUUGACCAAGCGUUUAUCUGUUGGUAAUGAAAACUUCACAGCCGAUGAUAUCCUUUCAGGAACCAAUAUGAAAACUAAUGAGUUGAUUCAUACAUAUAAUGAUAUGAAAUUAAAAUUAGAUGACACCAUUAGAAAAUUAGAAGAAGAAAUUGAAGAGAAAAAGACUUUGAUUUCAACGCUAAGAAUAACUGAAACUAGAUUAGCUUCAUCAUCAUUUGAUUAUCAAAGAUCAAAGGGUCAAAUCAAGAAACUUAUUCAAAUCAUUAAAAAUUCUAAUAUUGAAGUUGAUUUAGAGAAGGAAUUAGAUGAUAAUUCUAAUGUGGAUAUUAGUUUCGAAAAACUUGUUCUUGAAGUUCAAUAUUUAAGAAGACAGCUUGAAGUUGAAAAGAAAGCACACAAGGACGCUGAGAACGUUGCAUCUGCCCUUCACAGCAAAUUUGGUAAAAUGCAAAGUGCUGGUUCAUCCUCAGAUCUUUAUAAGUUAAAAUAUGAAGCAAGUGAAGAACAUGUUAAGAAUUUAGAGUAUAAGUUGAAGGAAAAUGUUCUACAUGACAGAACUAAUUUAGCUGCAGGUGAUAUUUUUAAAAAUAGAAAAGGUAUUUCGAAGUAUGAAGAAGAACUUCGUUAUCAAAAACUGGAAAACUAUAAGAUUCAAGAAUAUUUGGGCGAUUCUGAGAAACAGAUUAAUAAUUUGACAUUUGAGAUUAAGCAGUUCAAAUCGAAGGAAACAUUAUUAAAUGAACAGAUCCAGAGAUUAGAACAAGAAUUAUCGAGCACAAUUAAACAAAAAGAGAUGAUAGCUGGUACCAUGAAACAACAAAAACAACAAUAUGAGACUUGUCUAAAUGACCUUCACGCAAAUGAAGUUCAAAUAAAGGACUAUACGCAUGCCCUGAAACAAGCCGAAGAUGAUGUUAAGAGUCUUGGCUCUGUUUUAGAGAAUUUGAAAUCUCAAAUCAAACAGAAGGAGAAACAACUUUGGACAACUGAAACAGAAAGAAAUGACCUUGACAUGAAAUUACAGGAGACUGUGUUACGAUUAAAAAGGGAGCAAGAUGUCAAUAAGAUGUUGAACUCUGACCUUGAACAUAUGAAAGAACGUGUUAUUGCAAUGAAGGAUAACACACAUUAUUCUACAAAGAUAGAAUCUCUAAACGAACAAAUUGAACAAGGUAUAAAAAAUGAAAGUGAAUAUAAGAAACAAAUUUCAACUUUGAAAUAUAAAUUGGAGAGUCUUGGUAAUGAUACUGAGGCCAAGAUUAAUGAUUUGAUCAAACAAAAUAAUCAUUAUACGAACCUUGUCGAAGUAUUGAGUACUGAGAGAGACGCUGCUGAUGCCGAAAGGAAGGAUCUUGAUGAAAAAUACACAGAGUUAACUAACUUAAAAGAUACAUUAGCUAGCAAGAUACAAUUAUUGACUGAAGAAAAAUUGAAAUUAAUGAAUCAAGUAGAACAAUUAAAUGCUAAUUUAGAUCAAUCAGGUGUUGAUUUUAGUAAAUCUGUUCAAGAAAGGAACAAAAUCAAUGAUAAUAUCCAAUAUUUGGAAGAGACACUAGCAUUACAAAAAGAACAAAAUGAAAGAAACAUUGAAUUAGUUAAAAGUUUGCAAAAUGACCUUGAUAGUUAUAGGGAGAAGUUUGAUCAAGAGAAACAAAAGAACAUUGAUCUCCAUGAGGAGAAUCAAAGUAUGUCGAGAAAAAAUGAAAAAUUGAAUGAAACCGUUCAAGGAUUACAAGAGCAGAUAUCCGAUACUACAGAUAAGGACUCUUGGUUGGCUAAGAUACAUGAGUUAGAGGCUCUAGUAUCGUCUGAGACUGAUUUGAAGUACGAAGAGAUGAAGAAAAAUAAAACAUUAGAUCGCACAGUUCAAGAAUUGAGAGAACGUAAUGAGAGUCAAGUCGAGGUAAUCAAUCUUGCUAAUAAAGAUAGGCAGCAAUUUGAAAAUAAUGUUCAAAGAUAUAAUGAUCAAAUUAACAACUUAGAAAAAUUCAUCUCUGAACAAGAAGUGAAUUUGAAAAAAGCUGUUAGAGACAACUCUUAUUACCAGGAUAGAGUCCUUGAAUUAGAGAAAGAAUUAGCGUUCUGGAAAGAACGUAGUGAUGGUUCUGUCGGUAACAUCGAUCGCAAACAAGUAGACUCUGACAUAAGAACAGAAGAGAUUAUGUCAUAG